AUGGAUGCCCUAGAACGACUACCGGACCAAGGAAAGGGAGACCGCCAGCCGAGCGAAAUGCCUAUUCAGAGUGAUGAGGCCUGUCCAAAGGCUAUUGCCGACUCCGAGCCCCCCUUGCAAGAAGCAAGCCCAAAGAUAAUCCUGGCGAUCGAGCAUUUCCAACCCAUAUUGGAGACACUGGCAGAUCUCGAUCGCGAUGAUCCGAAGCUCGCCUUUCAAGUGGCUCGGCAUGUAGGGCUCUAUCGACGUCUAUGGGCCUCGUGUGUACCGAAACACCUCGAUGGCGAGAUAUCAGAUAGAAAUGACAGAACUUCGAAGACAGGCACGCUGCAUUUACCUAUCAUCCACUAA